AUGCUCUCCAACAUGUCAGUGGACACCACACAUUACACCGCGUCGCAUGAGAACCAGCCCUGGUCCACCUUGGGCUUAUUAGCCUUGGCCGCCUCCCAAGGGGGCGCCUACCUUGGCUUCGGUCUGCAGUAUGCCCUGCUGACGCCCUUCGUGCUGGAGCUGGGUGUACCUGUACGAUGGGCCUCCAUCAUUUGGCUGGGCGGGCCCAUCACAGGAAUGGUGGUGCAGCCCUUCGUGGGCCGCCUCUCCGACGGACGGAGCUCCGUCCGACGCGGUGAGAAUGGCAGUGGCGGCUUCAUGCAUGUGGUGACCAAGCGCUUCGGCCGGCGCCGGCCGUUCUUGGCGCUGGGUGGCUGCGUGCUGCUCCUGGCGCAACUGUUGGUAGGCAACAGCGCGGAUUUGGGACACCUGCUUGGCGAUGGCAUCACGGACGCUCUUCGUAUCCGCGCCGUAUUGAUCUUCACCUUGGGCUUCUGGUUGAGGGACACAAAGCGCAGCGGCGCGCACCGGCGGCCCGAACUGAGCCCGCACCGAGGCGAGCAACAACGCCAUUUGGGUGGUGUCAAAGUCGUUGACCGCUGACAUUGUUCCGGAGGUAGGAACCCAUUUCGUUGCCACCAGCUCCUACGAGGCGUUCAAGGACUACACAGUGCAGGGCAGAUGGCUGGAUGCGCUGUGGAGUGGGCACAAGCUUUCUCAUCAGCAGUACCUGCAGUACGCG